UGGAGGAGGACUCGGCUUCCUCUCCUCGGUGUGGUUUCCUGUUUGUAGGUAGGAGGAUGUUCAGACGGUUGCAGCAGCUUUCUCACAAAGUUGCAGCUUUUUACCAGCCGGCGACACUCUGAGGUGUCACAGUUGCAGCAACACUCUCAACUGCAGGACUCACCUUUCCAGUUUCCACCAACAGUUUGCAGAUGAGCUGCUGAAGGAGGGCAAGUUGAUCGGCCCACACACUCCUCACCACAGCUGAACUUUUCUGGUAACCGCUUGGUUGGUGAGUCAGACCUUCAGUAAGUGAUUCAGAGGCUUCUGAAGGCUUCAGGUGGACCAUCUGCAGACAGUUUGAAGGCUCUGUUUACUUGAGAUGAUACAAUAAGAGACAAAGUUCAUCUGACUGAAGAGGGUAGAGAAGGAGAAGACAUCUUGAAAGAUGGUGGCUCUUUGGUUCCAGUAAGUUUUUUUGUGAAUCAGACAGUGAAGAGGAGACCAUCUGCAGUGCCUGAAUCUUCAUCCACCGCCAUCCAUCCAACUGAAUCUCCGCUCCCUGUCAUCCACGGCUGCAGAUGAAGGAUGGAGAUCUCCGGGCUCACCCUGCUUCUGUCGGCCACCGUCUUCAUCGCCACAAUCCUGCUGGCCAUCAUCUGCCUGGACUGCAGGAACAAAAGUCCUCUGGCCUCCAUCAGUCAAACGCCUGCUUCAGACGAAUACGUGACAAGUUCUGGAUUCAGCGUCAUCCAUCCAUGCCAUCCACGCCCAGAGCCGAACGCCAUCCACUCCCCCUCCAACCUGAUGCCUCACCCAAAUUCUGCUGAUCGUGGUUCUGAACGGAGACUCCGACCCUAUACGCCAACAGAGACGGAAAGUAAUCCGAGUUACGAGAAUCAGGUUCCGGGAACUGAUUUCCCGGACAGUGACGCUGAAGACAAUGGAUACAUAAAGGUACUUCCUGAAACCGAGCCGAGCCGAGCCUCAACUCCCAGUUCAGAUAAUCACUACGUGAAUGUUGAAGCAAAACCAGACUCAGACUCAGACUCAGACCCCGACUACCUGAAUGUGGACAAGAUACACCAACCAUGUUCAACACCUGACCUGUCAUCUCAGAGCGAGGACGACGACAACUAUGUGAAUCAGCCACCUAUGAUCCCCAGCGCCUGAUUGGAGGAACCGACCAGCUCUGACUGCCUGAUUGCAGCGUCCUCUUCAGCCUCAUCUUCAUCAGAACCUGAAACUGGAUCCUUGCAGAGGCCUGACAGAGAUGUUUUAUGUUUUACUCUCAUUGUCUUACCAGCGGCGAAACGCCAACAGGCAGCCUGACAUUUAGAAACGUUGACUAUACACUCAGGCCCAAAACGUUUAAUUUUUCUGGGAGAUUUAGGUUGAAAGUGAUCUUCUCAUUUCACCAACAUUGUUCUUCUGGCUGCAAGUAUUCUGGAGCGGUCCAGCCAGAGUCCAGACCUGAAUCUGAUAGAGAAUCUGCGGAGGGAACUAAAGAUUAGGGUGAUGGCAAGGAGGUCUUCUAACCUUAGAGCUCAUCACCAAAGAUAAAUCAUGUAUACCAGAGGAGCCCUGCAGAAAGCCGACUAUGAACAGUGAUUAGAAGGGUUUGCUUGGUGUGAUGCCAAUAAAAGGCUUUUCUAUCAAUCAGAAGGGUCGACAUAAGUUUGACAUUUUUUAUUAAAACGGAAAUAAAAACUGAGACUCUUUUCCAGUCAUCAAACUAUUUGGCUGAAUAAAAAAAAAAAAAGGUCAAUCGGACAGGGGUAUGAAUAGUUUUGGGCUUUACUUCGUGUCACUAAAAGCAAGACUUCCAAAAAACCAUUAAUACAGAAGUAAGGAAGUGAAAACAUAAAUAUUUCCAGUUUCUGGAAUGAUCAGGGAAGCUCCAGGACCGAAACAAUGAGUGGUAGAAGAUUUCUGGUCAUCUAAGAUGUCGUCAUAGAAGCCUGCAGCUUCAGACAUUAAUCUGUAAUCUCUGAAGCUGCAGAUAAACUACAGAUUUUAUCUGCAACAGAUAAAAUCCCCCAAACAUAAGAGUCUGGAAAUGAAACCGAAUGAAACCUCUCUGCAUUACUGGAAAAUUACCGAUCUACCAGUCCACAACACCUCCUGAGGCCAGUACAGUUUAGUGGUUUUUAGUCCAAAGGAUUAAUUAUGAAAUGAAUGAAAAGUUCUGAGUCUGGUUCAGGUUUAUUAUUGAUCACCGCUGCUCCAGAGCUUCAUGUUCACCUCCUGAGAAUUUCCUUUAAAUGUGAUCGUUUUAAAUCCAGAAGAGGCAUCUCUGAAAGACUCGUUAAGGUUGGGAACACUAACAUCAGACAAGUCCAGAUUAAUCCAGAUUAGCACCAAGGCGAGGAGACUUCCUGCUGUCAGGCGUCAGGUUAAGAUUAAUUCAUUGCAACAUCGCAAAUGAUCCAUAAGUAGUUUUUCCUGGUGUCAAACAUCCUGAGGCACCAGCAUGUUUCAGCUUUACUUUCAUUUUACUGACAACUCCUGAGAAUAUCUUAAUCCAUGUCUAUUUAAUGUCUUCAUCACCGUUUCAUCUAGAAAUGUUUUUAUCUGAAUUAAAGUGAAAAUUACACAAA